CUCCCGGCGGGCGCCGCGGCGGCCACGUGACGCGGAAGCGGAUGGCGGGGGUGGGGCCUGGGCCAGGCUGGCGCAGCCACGUGCGGGCGGAGCUGCAGCGGCGGGAGCGGGAGCAGCGCGGGCUGCGGGACCUCGUCCGGACCCAUGAGAAACUCCUGGAGCGACUGGACCUGCAGAGCCUGCUCGCAGAGAAGCUGCAGCUGGACACAGGAACCCAGGAGUCUGGGGCAGCCCUGGACCUGGCCUCGCUCCAGCUGCAACACGCCCUGGAAGUCUCAGAGCUGCAGCAGGGGCAGGAAGAGCUGGCACAGACAAUUGCUGACCUCACGGAGGCUCUGACCCGCAGCGAGGCCGAGACUCGGGAGCAGCGAGAGAGGGCGGGGCGCUGCGCACGGGCCCUAGCAGCACUGUCAAGUCGGGCCGAGGAGGCCGAGGCACUCAGGGCAGCGCUGGGGGUGGCACAGGAGCAAGUGGCUGCCCUGGAGGCCCGGUGGGUGCAGGAGAAGGCGGCUGAGGCAGCGCGGGUCAACCAGGCCAAUGCCCAGCUGGAGCGGUACCAGCACCAGGUCUUGAGGCUGCGACAGAAGCUGGAGCAGCUGCAGUUGGCAGCGGCAGGCAUCAAGCUGGGGACCAGUGACAGCAGCUGCAGCACAUCCUGUGAGGAGCUGGCCUUGGGGGGGCUAGACUCUGGCCCCCAGGGCAGCUCAUCACCCAUGAGAGCCCAGGAAUCCCACACCAAGACCCCUGCCCCAGCGCUGAGUGAGACCCUCGGAUCCACCCCUGUGACCCCCUGAUGGGCUGCUGGGACCCCCAGACCUGGUGAGAUGGGGCUGGGGAGCCUGGAUGCCUGGGUUGUCUCCAGCUCUGGGGGGAGAGCUGGGGGCCUGGAUGCAUGGAUUCUACCCCAGGAUCUUGAGUCUUCAUUAGGAUCCCUGAAUCUGUUAUGCAAAUGACGGCCAAUUCCAUAAAGAGCACUCGUUUACAUACCAUAUAAGUGAUUGGCCCAUCUCCUUUCUAGCUGCCUUUCUGAAACAAGGUCCUCCACCCACUUGAAAGAUGUGGCCAGAGCAGCUCAGCCUAGAGUGCCCCUCUGGCCCCCCAUGCCCUGUCCCAUGGCUUGUACUCUAUGAUUGGACCCCUGGAGGCCUAGGCUAGAGCAGCACCAGUGUCCUAGCUGCUCGAGCCAUGAUCUUCCCUGUCUGUGAUCCUUGGAAGGACUCUGAUCCGUGGAAAAGCAGGGAUCAUAGACUCUACAAGAGGGUCUCUACGGUCUCUGGGAAGACUAUGAUCCUGAAGAGUGGUGGGGGGGUAGACAUUCUACCAGUGGGUCUCUAUGACCCAGCAGAGUCCUCCAAGACCUCAGCCAUAGAGAUGGAGAUCCAGAGUGUCCUCUCAAUGGAUUUGGGGGGAGUCCUCACCCUUACUUGCCUCUCUGUCCUCUCAGGGCUGUGAUGGGACCAGAAGACCCAACUGCCCCUAGGCUCACCUGGAUGCCUGGGUUCCCUCCUGGAGGGGGCACCGGGACAUGAUGUGCAAUGUGACCCCGCUGAGGGGGGGAGAAAAAAUACAGAGGUGCAAUCCA